AUGCCCUCGUGGCUCGCGGGCGAGAGUUUGCCCACCGAAGACCGGGUCCGUCAGCUGAUUGAUGUGUACUUUGCGCGUGUCCACUCGGUGCGUUGUCUGGGGUUUGUCCAUGUCCCGACAUUCACCCAGACGGUUUGGGGCACAUCACUGCAGGAGCUUGAGCCUUUGACAUCUGGGCUGGUUGCCAUCAUGUGUGCAUUGGCUGCUCCAUUCUACUACGGCCGCAUUGCCUGUGCGGCUGACGAGGGAGCCCCCAAUCCUGAAACUCACUUUUUCGACGCUGGCAGAGGCUGGGCAGCAAUUGCCUUGAAGGCUGUAUUCUUCGCGGGCGGAAAUCAAGGCAUAGAGACCCUGAUGACACAAAUCCUCCUCCAUGAUUACUACCUCCGCGUUGGCGACUACGCUCAGGCGUUUCUGGUGUCCGGAAUGGUUGCAAGACAUUUUCAACUUCUGCAGCUCAGCCUGGAAUACGAUACCGACGUCGCCUGCCUCACGAGCAGGAUGAAGGCCUCGGAGAAGGAAAGUCGUCGUCGCGUAGCGUGGGCUUGUUACGUGCUCGACGCCCUGAUUGAAUGUGGAAUAGACCAGCUGCGGUUCAUCUCUGCGGGCAAUAUCCAGGUGCAGCUCCCCUGCUCCGAGGAUCUUUUCGCCCGCAAUACACCCGCAGUGACCGAGACACUCUUACCAGGUCAAACACUCCCGUUUGUCAAUGAAGAGUCCCUCCAGACAGACGGUGCAGCCUCAAAUCUCGACCUUCGAGCAUACUACAUCCGAGCUGUCGCCAUCCGUUCAAAGAUCCUUCGAUACGUCAAGCACCUGCAGGGCGAGAUUCCCUGGGAAGAUACUUCGCGGUUCGCGCCCCUGCGUAGCGAGCUCCAAGUACUCGAGAACUCAAUUCCAGAACAGUACGCAAUGACCCCAGAGAACACCUGUCUGCAGAAAAUGGCCGGCCGCCUCAACCUCUACUUUGGCCUGCACAUUCUGCUCGCCCAGACCUACAAUGAUCUGUACCGCGUGGGCGUAUCGCGCCUGGUCUUCCCUCACACCGCCACCAGGUGGAUUCGAGAAAAUGCUCCUCAACAGUUCUUGCACCGCUGCCACCACAUGUGCCUCACCAAGGCCGUGGAUAUUGCCUCGUGGCUCCAGGAGCUCUGGCGCACCGACAAGGAAGCCCUCGUGGACCUGCAAUAUGCCGUUCAUGCCCAGAUAUGCAGCAGCGUCCUCGUUACGAGCCUUCUUUCGUGGGCAAAGCUCGCCCCAGCAGCUCAGGCUCAGCCUCUACUUCCCCACUUGACCCCGGACGACUAUCGCUCCAUGCUUCAGAGCAACGUGCAGAUACUCGCGUACCUGAAGCGAUACUUCAAAGCCGAGCUCUUUUACGAGUCAGCCACGCAGGCUCUCAAGCAGUUUCACAACGCAACUCUAACUGGUACCCUGAGCUCUAAUUUCAGAGGGCAUGCGGCCGCAGCGGCGCCACCCGCCGCGCUGGCAACUCCUUCCCAAGUGCCUCAAACAUCCGCACAGCCGGGCUGCCUGGAGUAUAUCCUCAAUCCGCUGGGUACGUAUCCGAUGGCCCGAUCGCAGGUCCUGGAGCUGCAUGGGGGUAAAGCGGGUCUUGCGGACAAUUUCUCCGGAUCGGAUGCGCACCUUCCACGGGCACCGGGACCGGGACCUAAUAUCGCGAAUGAUCAUUCCGAGGCUGCAUCGGACAUUCCGGACGGGUGCCUUGCAGGAAAUGGGAAUAUCCCCCGCUCACUGGCAUUUGAUAGUAGUACUGCGCUCGCUCCGGCAACCGGCGACCCCCUCAGCUGGGAAACCGAGUUGCAACUCAUGAUGGGAUCGGGCUAUCCGACAUUCAUGGAUGGGUUUUCUACCCAAUGGAAUUAUGAGUACUAG